UGUUGUCUGUCCCAACUCCUACUGUCUCCCCUUCAUUUUCAUUUCUUUAGCAAUUAGCAUCAUCUUCUUCUAAGCAUCUCUAUUUUCUAGAAUAUCUCUUUCUCUCUCUAUCUCUUAUCUGAUACUAUCGUAUUUUUUACUUUCUCUCUCUAAAAGUUCCUUUCAAAUCCCUAAUUCCAACUACGCUACCUUUGUCUCCUGCUUCAGGGCAAUGCCAUUGAUUUGAGCUUUUUAUACUUCAAACCUAGCAUACUGGAGAAACAGCUGUGCUAGUGGCAAAUAUGUCAGGUGUGGAGGGCAGACAUCCCUCUAAUCAAGAUCUGCAAAUGGUAAAAAAUCUUAUAGAACGAUGUCUUCAAUUACAUAUGAGCAGGAAAGAAGUUGUGAGUGUGCUCUCUAGAGAAGCAAAUGUGAUGCCAAGCAUUACUGAACUUUUAUGGCAGCGGCUUGAAGAAGAAAACCAGGAAUUCUUUGAGGUUUAUCAUAUUCGAUUGGCACUGAAAGAGCAGAUACAGCGAUUUAAUGAACUGUUAAAGCAGCAGGCAAUGCUGAUGGGGAAGAUCCAAACUACUGGAGUUUCUCCUAUGCCAGUUUCUAAUGGAUCACGCGUGGCACAAUUCCAACAGAAUGCUGGCUGCUAUGCUAUUGAUCACACAGGACCAUCAAUGAGACCAGAGAGCUUACCAAAUCCUAUUGCUCCGAGUUUAUCGACAUUCACUAAUGGUGUCUCACCCAUGCAAACACCUAAAGUUUUCAAUUUGUCUACUCCAGCCAGGUCAAUGGAUUGCUUACCUGAUACGCUUCAUGUCCAGAACUCUAAUUCCAUGAGGUUGAUGCAUGGAUUGAAUGGUGGGAUCGUUAAAUCAGAAAGCGGUUAUCCUUCUGAUCCUACCAUUUUCUAUGAUGCUGAUCCUAAUCUUGGUGAAGCGCAUGGCACCUUGGAAGAUGCAUCUAUGGCAACCUUUAGUGGUUUAGACGCAAGCUCGCAGCCAAUGAAUGAAACGCUGCUGGGUGUGAAUGGUUCUUUUGGGCAAUUGGAUCAGAUUCCUAAAGUGUUUAGUCUUCCUGAUCUUGUUUAUUCUUCUGUACUAGAGACCUAUAAUCCGACCUUCAUGACAGAGACAGAGAAUUUUGAUUCCCAAGACAGGGGUGAAAUUCCUGAAGACAACAAGGUGGCUAUGACAAAGAACUAUAGUAACUAUGAAGAUUUUGGAAGUGAGUGAUUUAAUUUUAUUGAUUAUGGAUUGCCUCUGAGGUGGAACAACAAUUACAAUGCCAGAGCCUUAAUCUCGAAAUUGCUUUGAGUGGAAUGUUAAUUAAAUCUAUUUCACCCACUUCACUGUAUAUUAAAAGAGAAAAAAUUGCUUCCCAAUUUGAGGCACACUUACGUUUUGUAUUUAGAUAAUGCUAAGGCAAGCAAUUUUUCAUGAAUUUUUAAAUUGAAAUUUUGCAAAUACUAUAAUUAUUUGUAGCCAAUUAUUUUAUGAUACAUUCCCAGUGGUUCCAAGAUUCAGAAUUUUUAGAAUUUUCAUAGUUAGUUUUUGUGUAGUAGCAGGUGCUUUUGGCAUAGUCAAAUAUGAGUAAUAGGUUAACAGCCGUACUGUCAUUGUAGGAUUAGGGUAGAAUAAGGGUAGACUGCGAUACAUUUGACUCCCCCUACCCCAACUAAAAAGAAACAUUUGUGAGGUGAUAUUGGUCUUGCUUUUCGUGCUGAAAUUUUGUAUCCUAUGAACUCAUUAGAGGCUUUUGGCUUGGAAUUGACGUUCAGUCUGUUGCAUAUUUUCUGGAACAUUUGGAAGAUAUUUGCAAAAUCAAUUAUAACAGAACAAACCAAAGGCAAGACAUGAAAUUGCUUGUACUACUAAGUUUGUCUCCCUUAUGGAGCAAUUAAGCUCUGCACCAUAAUUUCACUUGUAAGUUCGGAUCAAUAAAAUUCUGUUUCACAAGGGAUGAUUACUUGAGACAAGUAUACACAAGGGACGCUGAAAUUUAAUUUCUUAAAUAUUAAAAAAAAAAACACAUUUCUAUGCUGCUGUUAUGUGAUCCAAAUUCUGAUUAAUGGUUAAUCAGGUAUUAGGUGGGUUAAUUAAUGUUCUAUAAAAACAAGUGACCCAUUAAUGUUGAGCGAUCUACAUUACUUAGGAGUUUCUGGGGUUGAUUACAAGUUAGAAGCCUUAUGGGGGAGAGUUGUACUUGGACUAAUCAUUAAAGACACUCCCGUGAUGUGAGUAUUGGGUCCCAAAAUGACUGUGAGGCUCUUUGGGUUGGUUGUCCAAUAACAUGAGAAAUGUGCUGAUACUUUAAUGUGUAUACUACAUCUCAUUCUAUUAGUAUGCCAACCGAAGUCUAAUAUUGUGAAAUAAGAAUUGAGGUUAUGUAGGUAUAUUUGGUUUUCUCACAAGUUUCUUGGUGCCUUCUCCAAGUACACGAAGUACCACUUUCGUAUUGUGCUGAGAGGCUACCAAGCGAGUAUGUAGAUACAUCAGACGGCAAGGAGUUAUCCAUAAUUAGUUUUAUUUUUUUGGCAUCAUGCAACAGUAGAAAUGUACGGAAGUUUAUUGGACAUCUGUUAUAGCAAUACUAUUAUUUGAGUCCUAUUGGUAGGCCUUUAAGUAGGAUCGUGUUAAAAAGACGGGUGGUUUUGUGGAGAUCGAGUGUCGGGCAAUGAGAAGUGAUUCGAAAGCAACCAUAAUGCUCUGUUUUAGAGGACUUAACCUAAUUUGAUGGUUUUACGUCUUAGUAUCGGUUCGUUUUUUACAUUUGUUUCAGAGGACUUUGUUACUUUAUGAUAUUUUUUUUCUUGAUUUAAUGAUGAAGUGCUUAUCUAGAAAAAACUUACCUACUAUGUACUUCUAAUUUAUUGCUUAAAAUAAGUACUAAUCCUCAUGAAUUUUUUCGAUACCCUUUUGGGAGUGCAAAGCUUUUCUUUUUCAAAGCGCGUGAUAUGAUACUUAUAUACUCAACUAACUUGUUUUUCUU